UAUAAACCCUAGCUAGUUCUCCUUAGCAAUGGCGAUCGCUUCGCCGUCCGCUCCGAGGCUCUCGAACUCGUAUUGCUGCUGUCGGGUCGGACCAGCCUGAGCUGCAGUUAGCUCCGCCCGAUUGUUCCAGAUCCAAACACGGUUCCAAGCUCGGAAGCUCACUUUGUGCUCCAGGCUCGACCCAUCUUCAUCCGCCCACUCCAAUGGCUUCGAUGGUGAUCUUCGCUACGAGCUACAACACGGAGUAUCGGCGCACCACCGCCGGCGGGGAUCCUCUGUGUUCGUGACUCUCCCUGUGGACGUCGUUAGCUCCCAAUUGGGACAGAUGAAGAGGAAGAAGACUAUGUCGCAGUCAUUCAGGGCUCUGACGGCGGCCGGAGUGGAGGGGGUUGUGAUGGAGGUGUGGUGGGGGCUUGUGGAGAGGGAAACACCUGGUUUAUACAACUGGCAGGGCUAUUUGGAGAUUGUGAUGCUGGCUAAACGAUGUGGCCUGAAGGUUCGAGCUGUAAUGGCAUUUCAUCAGUGUGGCACAGGUCCUGGUGAUCCCUUAUGGAUCCCUCUUCCUCAAUGGGUGAUAGAAGACAUAAAAAAGGAUCAAGAUUUAGCAUAUUCAGAUAGGUUUGGGAGACGCAGCAUGGAAUAUGUUUCCCUAAGAUGUGAUGUUCUUCCCAUUCUGCAUGGACGAUCUCCAAUACAAGCAUAUGCUGAUUUUAUGAGGCAUUUCAGGGACACCUUUAGACCAUAUCUGGGAACCACCAUAACUGGGAUUCAAGUUGGAAUGGGGCCCGGUGGUGAAUUAAGAUAUCCUUCAUGCCCUUCACUAAAGCUAGCAAGGACAUGGCGCUCACCUGAACUUGGUGAAUUCCAGUGCUAUGAUAAGUAUAUGCUGGCUUCUCAGAGUGCAUGUGCUUGGGAAAUAGGGAUGCGUGAAUGGGCAAAUGGGGGCCCCAUUGGUGCUAGCAACUUGAUGCACAACCCUGAAAGCACAGAGUUCUUCAGAAGCGAGGGUUCUUGGAACACACCAUAUGGGGAGUUCUUCCU